UAUCGUUUCCCACGAUUGAUUUAUUUCUCCUUCAAUAAAGUACACAUUUAGAAAACUCAAAGAGGAAAAACACAAAUUCGCAUUUGUAAUAUUAUUAGUAUUAUUAUUGAAAGCUUAACUUGCUCAAUUUUACGUCUAUCCUUUACUUAAUGUAAUUUAUUAAUAAGUUCGUGUUACUCUUCCUAUCCAGGCAAGGCUCACUACCUUAUUAUACCCUACUUUAUUUGAUCUAUUAUCUGUUUAUUUCUCAUCUUCGAUUUUUCAUUUAUUUUCCUUUUUCUUACUUAUUUAUUACCUAAGUUAUCACUUUUUUUUUCAAUCUUAGUACUGCCCGGUUCGUGGCCUAUCCGCCACAGUGGGUUUGUGCCACUAAUUGAGGCUUCAUCAUCGUCACCAUUCCAUCCAGUGUGGCCAAUCCCCCUCGUGGGUACGAGCCAUGUCUGGAGGCAACAAGAAGAAGAACAAGAAGAAGACCGAAGACAGCCUUGGAGCCGUAUUCGUCAUCACACCCGACGGAAUGACCAAGAAGAAGCGACAAAAGUCUUCUUCCGCUGCGUCAGACGUCACCACGAAAAGCAGCCGCAAGAACGCCGUCCAUCUCGUCGCUGGCACCAAUGACCCCAGCGGAGUGGGCACCCACGGCACAUCGACGGCCUGUUCACCACCUGCACCGCGGGACGGACCGCACGCCGGACCCUUAACCGCGCUACCGGGGACAAGGGAUACCGCAGGCACCGGCCUGGUGGACAGCCGCCACCCGCCCGCGUUUCCCUCGCCGCCAUCACCGACCACCGCCAAACUAGAACGCAUCGCCUCCGGCGCACAGCAGCCGUGCACGGUUGGAGCCCCGACCUCGGCCCCUGAAGUCCCCGGCGCCGUGACGCCGCUCGAUCACGUCGUCGUCUACGGCCACGGCAAGUUCCAGUGGAUCAUCCUGCUCUGCACGAUGCUGGCCGUGUUCUGCACCGUGGUCCAAGCCCUGGCCAUGCUGAGUCUGGCGCGACCCGUCGGCCACUGGUGCAAGGCGCCGGCCGCGUUCGCCAACCUGCCGCCCGACGAGUGGAAGAACAGCAGCAUCCCCGUCGAGGAGGACGGCUCGCACAGCCGCUGCCUGCGCUACGAACCGCCGUUCGCGCCGUACGGACGAGGCGUCGGCUCGUCGACGAAGGUUCCCUGCGACGCCGGCUGGGAAUACGACGUUCCGAUCCACACCUCUGUCAUAUCCCAGUGGGACCUAGUGUGCGAACGACAUUGGAUAUUGAAAGCGAUGAUGGCAAGCUACAUGGGCAGCACGGUCGUUGUCAUGCCGUUCACGGGUAUAGCGGCCGACCGAAUCGGCCGGACUCCGGUGCUGGCCGUCGCGCUCUUUUGCCUGAUACUCGCCGGCACCACGCUCGCCCUCACCACCACGCUGCUGAUGUUCGCCAUACUGCGAGUUCUUGUCGCCGUUUCAUCCGCUGCCCUGGUGAUCGUGUCCUCGGUGCUCCUCUUCGAGGUGACCGACUCUUCGCGCCGCGUGCUCUACAGCUCCAUCGCCAUCGCCGGCGGAGUCUCGGCCGCCAACGUGUACUGCGAGAUCACGUACGAGCUGGCCGACGAAUGGGCACUCAUCCAAAUGAUCAACAUGCUGCCCAGCACGCUGCUCGUAGGCGCCGUGUACUUCAUCGAGGAGUCGCCGCCCUGGCUCCUGGCCACGCGCAGGCUCCGGCGGCUCUCCAAGGUGGUGAUGUCGGCGGCCCAGACCAACUGCGUCGACCUCGUGCGCGUGGCCAAGCGGCUGGAAGGCCUCCGCAAGGAGGACAGGAGGUCCAGGUGCGACAGCACCAACGAAGGGGUCAACGAGGCUCCGCCGCUCGAGGUGCUCACGAACCCGUUGUUUCGCUCCGAGACCCUGGUGGCCUUCGGCUGCUCGUUUCUGGUGAUGAGCCUCUUCCACGAGCUCCGAGGUAGCCACGACGACCGAUCCGUCCACUACGCCCAGAUCGCGCUGGAGUGCCCCGCCGUGACAUUCAACGUGUUCCUGCUCGAACGCAAGGGACGACGCAUCGCCACCGCCGUCUGCAUGAUCGCUCUCGGCUGCCUCGUGGCGGUGCUCGGCGCCUUCUGCUUCAUUUUGCCCGAUCCCUCGAACGCCGGCGGUUUCGUGCGCCACAUCGAGACGGCGGUCCGCGUGGUGGCGCUGCUGGCCGUCGACUCGGCCGCAGUCAGUCUCAGCGUCAUCACGAUCGAGAUGUACCCGACCGUGAUCAGGGCCAGCGGCGCGUCCUUCGGCUACGUGAGCGGUCGGUUGGGCUCCAUCGCCGCUUCUUUCGCGAGCUCCGACUCUCGCCUGGGUCUUGGCAUCGAGCUCACCGUGGUCUCGCUGCUGCUGCUGGCGUUCGCCGCUCUGGUCCUGGUCGUGAUGCCCGAGACCACCAAGAUACACGCCACGCACACGCCCCCCGACGUUAGCGCGCGCAGGGACGCCGAGGACAAGUGGAUGCUCGACGCGCCGCUCCGGAUUGCCCGAAGUAGGCGAGCGUCGAGCUUGGCCCACCCGAGGCACAAGGACUCGGCCCCCUCGCUGUCCAAGUUUGCCGAGCAACCCUGACCAACAGCGUGCCUAUUUCAACUUCGACGAAGCUCUCUCCUCGACUCCAGCUACCGUAUAAGCCAUGUGUGCCAUUGAACCUACGGCAAUGAAAGUGCUAAGCGCGUUUGAAAUAACCAUGCGAGUAGUAUAUUUCCUUGCAGUCAUGGGCCUCAGCUUCCUUGGACGCAGUUAUAGGUUGCUGCCGUGUUUGCGCGAGAAUAUUGUGCACGGUUUCUUGCGAACGACCGAAAGCACAGUCACUGGAGCAUGGCACAACAUGCUCCAAGUGCCUGGAGGAUGGCAUGACAGACAUUGGCCAUCGCUCAACUUUCUGACGGAAACGAUUUGCGACUGUCAUCGAUUGUGCUGGAAUGUGUUUGUUGUAUACGAAAGAAAAGGACACGGCUGUACUUUCUAUUUGUGGUAUUCGUUCAGCAAAGAAUUAUCUAGGUUUGUGUGUGCUUU